AUGGAUGUGGAGAAUGUAACACUGCUGACAGAAUUUGUCCUAGAAGGACUCACACACCAACCACAGUGGAAAGGCCCCCUCUUACUGGCAUUUUUGGUGAUCUACCUUGUCACCAUUGUGUGGAACUUCAGUCUGAUCAUGCUCAUCUGGAGUGAUCCUCACCUUCACAUCCCCAUGUACUUAUUCCUCAGCAAUUUAGCCUUUAUGGAUAGUUGGUUAUCAUCUACAGUGACACCUAAGUUAUUGAUCACCUUGUCAUUUGAAAUCACAAAGAUCUCUCUCCCUGAAUGCCUGCUACAAUUUUUCUCCUUCACCUUCAGUGCAAGUGUAGAGUGCUUCCUCUUGACUUCAAUGGCUUAUGAUCGCUAUGUAGCUAUAUGCAAACCUUUACUUUAUCCAAUGAUUAUGACCAAUAGACUAUGUGUCCAACUAGUAAUUUUGUCAUUUGUAGGUGGUUUUCUUCAUGCCUUAAUUCAUGAAGUCUUUUUAGUCAGACUAACUUUCUGUAAUUCCAAUGUAAUACAUCACUUUUACUGUGAUGUUAUGCCUUUUUUAAAGAUUUCCUGUUCGGAUCCUUCCAUUAGCUUUCUGUUGGUGUUUGCUUUGGCUGGUACUGUUCAGGUAUCCACCAUGGUGACUGUCUUAGUCUCUUACGCAUGUAUUCUCUUUACAGUCUUACAGAGUAAAUCUCUCAAGGGCAUAAAGAAAGCCUUCUCCACCUGCGGAGCCCACCUCCUAUCUGUGUCUUUGUAUUAUGGCCCCCUUCUUUUCAUGUAUGUGCGUCCAGCCUCUAGACAAGCAGAUGAUGAGAACAUGAUUGAUUCCCCAUUUUACACAGUCAUAAUUCCUGUGUUGAACCCAAUUAUCUACAGUCUAAGAAACAAGCAAGUUAUAGAUUCUGUUAGAAAAAAAUUAAGGAGAAACGUUUAG